UUAUUGUAUAUCCUAACAACGUCUCGUUGCUUAAUUGCUUAGGGGUCUUUUACUGGUCGUCUUAUCACACCCAAGGAUUGUGGCUGAAGUCCUCACCACUGUCGCAGAUCCUGCGGCCUCGGGGCCGAGUAAUCAAUCAAUCAUCUACUUCGCCAUCACAAACAUCAGCCGGCCCAAGGCAACGACCGCCCGGCGGCCUCUACAGACAACAUCUCUCAACAGUAAUUUAAUGAACAUCACGUAUAAUAAAAUCUAAUAGCCAUUGGUCACUGUGAUUUAUACCGUAGCCCAGCAUGGCCGACAUUGCCCUAGGCAUCGCAGGCUUGGCUGUUGGCAUCCCCGGCUUGGUGCAAGUGACCUUGUCAAUCGGCGAUGCAAUCCGCAAAAGACUGGUGCAUUAUGAAGACGAUUUCAAAAGGCUUCUCGACAUCGUGAUAAGAAUCAAUAAGUCGCAAAGCAAUGACAUGCUCCUAUACUUCUUCAGCGAAGACCAGACGGUCCCACAAGAGCUACAAGACGAACUGAUCGAGAUGUUUCAGGUCUUGCGCGGCAUAUUCGAGAGGCUCUUAUUCAUGUUCCCCGAAGCAAAAGUCGGAGAGAAGUUCAAGAUCACACCAGCGCUGAAAGCUAGAGCGCAGGAAGCGAUUGAACAGUUGGAGGAAUGGAAUGAUCGCUUCUUCAAACGUGCGCUAGUCUUCGUUAUGUUUGGACGCCGCAAACUUCCUAGAACAACAUAUGAAAGUUUAGAAGAAGACGAACACGGCAUCGUAGCAUUGAAGAAGGUGGAGAAACUGAGAGAUAUCAUCUACGAGUCCCUCGAAGGCACGAAGAAAAGCACACGACUCCUACUCCCUCAACCCGACGCAGCAGACGAGACAAGGACGCCACUCGCAAAUUCUUCACUGCAGCUAUCUACGCGAAAGAGCACAGAGCAGACAUACCUCGUCGAGUACCGCACAUACAGCGACGACGCCCGCGAACACGAGGUGCAAAAUCACCGGCGCGUGGUCCGCGAGGUAGCGAGUAUCUUGCACCACGCCGACGCUCGACUAAUGGGGAUCCUGCACUGCGAGGGUUUUCUAUGGGACUCGCUAUCAAACCGGUUUGAGCUGCGUUUUCCGUUCCCGGGAGGCCUGACGAAGCCACGGACGUUUUUAGACAUCCUCAAGGACCCAGAGACUCAGCGGACGGGAGUCAAGCACCCGCUCAACCAGCGAAUCUCUUUUGCUAAGCGCAUCGUGCGCGCCGUGUUCAUGCUGCACGCGGCCGGAUUCGUGCACAAGCAGAUCCGGCCCGACAACGUCUUGAUCUUCGACCAUACAGUCACAGACACGCCUUCCGCGGAAAAGAUCCCCACAGAACGAAGACAGUAUCCGUACACCCUCGGCGAGCCGUUCCUCAUAGGCUUCGACACAGCGCGCAAAGUCGACGCCGCGACCCUCUUACUCUCCGAGCACGACUGGCAGAAGAGCAUCUAUCUCAGCCCGGAGCGGCACCGCCUGCAGCACGGCGACGAGUUCCAGAUGCACCACGACAUCUUCAGUCUCGGGGUAUUGCUCCUGGAGAUCGCGUUCUGGGCAACCUUCCAGGACCGCGCGGCGGGUCAUCUGGGGAAGCGCGUAUGGAAGGGAGACGGGACGUUACGAUCACCUGCCGAGCUGAAGAGCGCGUAUCUGGCGCUGGCCAAGGGCGCUGUGCCGAGGCUUUUGGGACAGAAGUAUGCGGAUGUUGUGACGGCGUGCUUGACUGGAUUGGAGUCUGAGGGGGCAAGUGCUAAAGAUCUCGAAGAUGAGGAUGGGAUUGUUGUUGGGACGAGGUAUGUCAUGGCUAUUAUUAAGAAGCUGGAGGAGAUUUCGAUAUAGAAAAUUAUUGUGAAAGGUUACGAUUGGUCAAGUAGACUGGAGAAUUGUGAUAGACACUAGACUAGACAAAUUGAUCUAGUGGAAUUGCCGAACGUGAGAGUACUAUACCUCACUAUGAUUUUUGAGGUCAUCUUGUAGGAAAGCGAGCUACACAUCGCGGUACCUAGACCAACAACCAAUAUACACUCCUGAGACAAUAUAAGGGGAUAUAUGCCCAACUUUUAUCAUAUCUAAUAUUCCCAACCACUCACUCACUAUGUACACACAAAUCA